AUGGGACCUCGAACAGCCGUGGCUCCCUCUAAGGAGGCGAAGGCGUCGGCAGCAGGAGGUCAGGGAGGAGCUCGGAUGAGGAGCUGCAGUGACGGCAGCAGAUACAGCGGGAGAAGACUCGGUCUAUCCAACAACUCCUCCUCCUCCUCCUCCUCCUCCUCCUCCUCCCUGGUGCUCUACAACCCCAAAUCAGUCCUGAAGAGGCCAGUGAGCACAGAGGAGCUGCAGAGACCAGGAGGACCCUACGUCAAGAGAACCUUCACAAUCGUGGGCGAUGCGGUGGGUUGGGGGUUUGUGGUGAGAGGAAACAGGCCGUGUCACAUCCAGGCUGUGGAGCCCUCCGGACCAGCCGCUGAUGCAGGGAUGAAGGUUUGUCAGUUUGUGGUUUCAGUCAACGGGCUCAAUGUCCUCAAUCUGGACUACCGGACCGUCAGCCACCUGAUCCUCACUGGACCCAGAACGGUGGUGAUGGAGGUGAUGGAGGAGACCGACCACUGA